GUCUUUCCAUAACAACGGCAAUUGACCAAUGACGAAACAGAAAGGAAUUGCCCAAUACUAGCGAGCCGUUGACUGAACGAGUGAACACUUCAACGCACUACUAAAUUUAGUAAUUCCGCGGUAAAAUCGAAAGGUCCAACUUUUAAUGCACAACGUACAACGCCCCCAAAGCACCAAAAUUAUCAAGAUUCUCAGAAACUUCAGCAUCGCAUCCGAAUCUGUGUUCAAACUUUACAGUCCCUUCCAUCCAUACUCUCGGUUCCCCCAAUUCUGUUAUAAAUUUUCCAUGUUUGAGAAGCUAGGGCUUCGGAGAAUCUGAAACUGUAGCUAUUGAGCUCCUGAUUGUUUGCUGGAAUGACGAAUUUUUCGCACAAAUUGAGGCUGUCGUCGACGCUGCUGAGGCGUUUGCAGCAAAGAGUUACCGCGGCGAAUUCCGACAAGUUCAGAUCGUUUACCACCACGGAAGGACAUCGUCCGACCAUUGUUCAUAAACGCAGCCUCGACAUUCUUCACGAUCCAUGGUUCAACAAAGGAACAGCAUUCUCUACUACAGAACGUGAUCGCCUCAAUCUUCGUGGACUCCUGCCCCCUAAUAUUAUGUCUCCCGAGCAGCAAGUAGAUCGGUUCAUGGCGGACCUCAAGAGGCUACAAGUGAAUGCUAGAGAUGGACCAUCUGAUCCCAAUGCUUUGGCAAAAUGGCGAAUACUGAACCGCUUGCAUGAUAGAAAUGAGACCAUGUAUUAUAAGGUAUUGAUUGGCAAUAUCGAGGAAUAUGCACCCAUCGUUUAUACACCUACUGUGGGCCUUGUUUGCCAAAAUUACAGUGGAUUGUUCAGACGUCCAAGGGGAAUGUACUUCAGUGCUGAAGACCGUGGAGAGAUGAUGUCGAUGGUUUAUAAUUGGCCAUCUGAUGAGGUUGAUAUGAUUGUUGUCACGGAUGGAAGCAGAAUAUUAGGCUUAGGUGAUCUUGGAGUGCAGGGAAUUGGAAUUGCAAUAGGAAAGCUGGAUCUUUAUGUAGCUGCUGCUGGGAUUAACCCUCAGAGAGUACUUCCUGUUAUGAUUGAUGUUGGCACUAAUAACGAGAAGCUUCUAGCUGAUCCAUUGUAUUUGGGACUGCAACAACAUCGCCUUGAAGGGGAUGAAUAUAUUGCUGUCAUAGAUGAAUUCAUGAAAGCAGUUUUCACUCGCUGGCCUAACGUGAUAGUGCAGUUCGAAGAUUUUCAGAGCAAGUGGGCAUUUAAACUGUUGCAGCGUUAUAGGAAUACAUAUAGAAUGUUCAAUGAUGAUGUUCAAGGAACUGCAGGAGUUGCUAUAGCUGGUCUAUUAGGGGCGGUCAGAGCACAAGGAAGGCCAAUGAUUGAUUUCCCUAAAAUGAAGAUUGUAGUUGCUGGAGCUGGAAGUGCUGGAAUAGGUGUUCUAAAUUCAGCCAGGAAAACAAUGGCAAGAAUGUUAGGAAACACUGAAAUUGCUUUUGAAAGUGCUAGGAGUCAAUUUUGGGUGGUCGAUGCCCAUGGCCUGAUAACUGAGGCUCGUGAAGAUAUUGAUCCAGAUGCUCGUCCUUUUGCAAGGAAGGUGAAAGAAAUUGAUCGUCAGGGGCUCAGGGAAGGAGCAAGUCUUGUAGAAGUGGUGCGGCAAGUAAAGCCUGAUGUACUCCUUGGUCUAUCCGCGGUUGGAGGUCUGUUCUCUCAGGAGGUGCUAGAAGCCCUUAAGGGUUCAACUUCUACAAGACCAGCAAUCUUCGCAAUGUCAAACCCUACUACUAAUGCUGAAUGCACCCCGGAGGAAGCGUAUUCCAUUGUUGGUGACAACAUUAUCUUUGCUAGUGGCAGCCCUUUCAAAAAUGUUGAUCUGGGAGAUGGUCGAAUUGGUCACUGCAACCAGGGAAACAACAUGUACCUAUUUCCUGGAAUAGGACUGGGUACACUUCUAUCUGGGUCGAGGAACAUCUCUGAUGGUAUGCUACAAGCAGCAGCUGAGUGUUUAGCUGCAUACAUGACCGAGGAGGAGGUGCAGAACGGGAUUAUAUAUCCUCCAAUCUCCAGUAUACGCGAUAUAACCAAGGAGGUAGCUGCUGCCGUUAUUAAGGAAGCAAGAGAAGAGGGUCUAGCAGAAGGAUACCGUGAAAUGGACAGCCGAGAGUUGCAUAAACUUAACGACGUACAAUUUCUUAAAACUCAACUCCACGCUUUUUCUCUGCUUAAUGUGCACACUGACACUGUAGUAUUUGGCUAGUAUGAGUCUUGAAAUGCAGAGCUGUAUUUAUCUUGCAUGGGUUUUGAUAUGACCUAUUCCAGAUGACAUAGCUUUGUUCAAAAUAUGUGAGAAAUGGUUAAUAGAGCUCAAAGAUGUUCUAUGGCACCGGCUUAUAAUCAAAACAUAGAAAUGAAGAUGUAUUAGUCAUCGUAAAAGUGCGAAUUAUUUAUUCUCCUGUUGGGAUUAGAUCAUUCAGAGGAUCUGAGUGACAAUACCUAUACCUUUGAUAUACGUGGAUUAGAGUAAGUGUUGGUCUUGUUUUUGCUCUGGUUACAAUUCCCCUAACGCUUCGGAAUGAUUUGCAGGAAGAGAUUCUAAAAUAUGUAGAAGACAACAUGUGGAGUCCAGAAUACCCAACACUUAUUUACAGGGAAGAUUGAACAUCCCUUCUGGGCGGUGAUUGAUCCUUAUACUCCCUCCGUCCCAUAAUUAUUGUCCAGUUUGCGUUUUUAUUUUUAGUUUAAACUGUACUAAAAGUGAAAUUUCAAACUGGACAAUAAUUUUGGGACAGAAGGAGUAUAAUUUAUAAACUUAUCUCAACACUUAUCAUUCUAGAACUGGUGAUUGCGCCAUUGAAUUCAUUACAAUAAUGUGUAAUUUGUUUGGGGGCAUGAACUAUAUAUAUUUUUGUAAUGUUGCCUGUUGAGAGAUUGUAGUCCGCUGUAGUAGUAUUUAGGUUGGAUCACGAGAUCACACGUUGUAAUCUUUUGGCUCUCCUCACGGUUGUGAAGUUCGAGCUCUCAAUUUGAAUGCUGUAUACAUAUAACGGGUUGCGAAUCAAUUCGAUCAGCAAACUGGCCGAUUUGUUUGGCUAAUGGCAAAUUUCCGUUCUAGUUUCUUCAGAUUACAACCUUAUACUUUCUCUAAAGGGAGGGAUAGGCAUUUUAACCCAGGAAGGCUUUCCUUCGAGAAUUGAAAGCUAUUCCAACCACUCAAAAAUAAAUCAAUGAGAACCAACGUCUAUUUCUGCCACCACAGGAA